AUGAAUGAACCUAAUUAUAAAGAAUAUAAAACAAAUAAUAUAUACAAUAAAGAAAAUGAAUUAAAUAAUAGAAACAUUUUAAAGGAGGAAGAAAAUAUAAAAAAUGAAGAUCAAUUAUAUAAUGAAUUUGAAUUAGAAAUAGAUGAAGAAGUUAUUUCUAAUUUGUCUUUUUGUGUUUAUAACAAAAAUGUUAAUCAUAAAAUUAUAAAAGUAAAUAAUUUAAUAGAUAGUAACUUAUAUAACUAUAUUGUAAAUGAUAAAGUAUAUGUAGAAAAAGAGGUUAAUGAAAUUUCUAAUAAUUCUCUUCAUUUUGAUAAUACAAAAAAAAAUAUAUCUGUAAAAAAUUCAUCAGAUGAAUUAUGUAAUUCUGUGAUAGAAGAAAACCAGAAUACAUGUAUAUGUGAAGAGUAUGAUAAUUUAAAUAAGAUAGAAAUGAUGAAAUGCAUAAGUGAAGACAUAAAUAUAUAUAGUAAUAAGAAAAAAAAUGAUGUUUUAUUUUUAUGCUAUGAUGAAAAAAAUGAUGAAUGUGACUUAUGUGAUAGAUAUAGAAAAAAUUAUAUGUCAAAUAUGCAAACAUUGAAUUCUUCCAACAUAAAAAACUUAAAUGAUUUAAAUGAUUAUUUUUUUAUUCUUGGUUCUACAUCUAAUUCAAGAAAAUACAUUUUAAAAAAAAACAAUUUAAAUUUUUUAUCAAUUCAUAUAAAAAUUGAUGAAAAAAAAAUAGGAUGCAGAAAAAGACAUGAUCCUUUUACAUUAACAUCAAAUAUUUCUAUCGCAAAAGGAUUGAAAUUAUUAAGUAUGAUUAAAAAUAAUAUUGAAUUAAAAAAGAAAAUUUUAGAAUUGAGUAAAAAUAAAAAAUUAUUACUAUUAGUAGGUGAUGAAGUAAUAUAUUGUAAUAAUAAAAUAUAUGAAAAACCAAAAGAUAAAAAUGAAGCAUAUAAUUUCCUUAAAUCAUAUAACAACAAUAAAUGUUUUAGCUACAGUAGUAUUACAUUAAUUGAUUUUAUAACUGAAAGAAUUGUAACUGGAAUAGAUGAAUCUGUUAUCAAAAUUUGUGAUAUGAAUGAUAAUAUUAUAAAUAAAAUAUUAGAUGAUUUAACUAUUUAUUUUUGUGCUGGUGCUUUAAAAAUAGAAAAUACUUUUAUGCAUAAACAUAUAAAAGAAAUAAAAGGAAAUAUUGAUAGUAUUUUUGGUUUAUCAGUGAAUCUUUUAUUUCACUUGGUUAAUUUUUUAUAG